UCCCUCCUCCUGAAAAUGUCGGGCUACCCCCACGCGCCGCCGAACUACGGCUACGGCCAACCCUACCCCGCCACCGCCACCGCCACCGCCACCACCACAUCCUCCUCCUCCGCCUACGGCGCCCCACCCCCGUCCAGCUCCCCGUACGGCUCGCAGGUGGCUUCCCCGUACGCCGCCCCCUCCGCGCCCUACGCGCCGCCGCCCCACCAGGGUGGGAAGCCCCCCAAGGACAAGCCGCAGGGCGGCUACGGAGCUCCCCCGCCGUCGGCCCCGGCCGGGUACCCGGCGGCGUCGGCUCCCGGCGGGUACCCGGCCCACGGCGGGUAUUCUGCUGCUCCGGGCGGGUAUCCCGCCCCGCCGCCGCCGUCGGGGGCGUACGGGAGCCCGUUCGCGGCGCUGGUGCCGUCGCAGUUCCCGCCGGGGACGGAUCCGAGCGUGGUGGCGUGCUUCCAGAUGGCGGACCAGGACGGGAGCGGGCUCAUCGACGACAGGGAGCUGCAGAGCGCGCUGUCCUCGUACAACCAGGGGUUCAGCCUGAGGACGGUGCAUCUCCUCAUGUACCUCUUCACGAGCACCAACACGAGGAAGAUCGGACCCAAGGAAUUUGUUCAGGUGUUUUACAGUCUUCAGAGCUGGAGGGCGAUAUUCGAGAGGUUUGACCGGGACAGGAGUGGCAGGAUCGAUGCCAAUGAGUUGAGGGAAGCACUGCUCAGUCUAGGAUUUUCUGUGUCGCCCGUGGUUUUGGAUUUGCUAUUGUCUAAGUUUGACAAAACUGGCGGGAGGAACAAAGCCAUCGAAUACGAUAACUUCAUCGAAUGCUGCCUUACUGUCAAGGGACUGACUGAAAAAUUUAAGGAAAAGGAUACCGCGUACUCUGGCUCAGCAACCUUCACUUAUGAGGCCUUUAUGUUGGCAGUUCUUCCUUUCCUCAUCGCCUAGCGUGGGAGCUGAUUUCAGAUGUCAAGCUCGGUUAGAUCGCACUUUUUUUUUUUUUCCCUUCCUGACGGCACAGCUUGUUGUUAUCUCUGUAUUUAUUUAUCAGAAUGAUUUUUGUGUCAAACGAGUGGUGUGAUAUUUGCUUAUUGAAAUGAAAUAGUAUGUUUGGACUGUAAA